AUGACAAACGUUGGAGCCGGAAAUGAAACUGAAAGUGGAACCGCUGUUGAAAGUAUACUUACUUUACAUAUGAAACUAGAAGAGUUAGAACGUCGAUUGGCGCAAAAUCCACAGGGGAAAGAACAACUAGCCCUGACACUUUCUACCACAAGAGAGUCUAUUCUACCGAUCAGACUAGAACUAAACAACUUUAUACAUAUGGUAAGUAAUAUUGCUGAUGAUAAGAAUGGUAUAACUAAUCAAGAAAAAUUCCAUAAUGUACGGACAAUGUUAUUAAAAUUACAUACUAGUAUUCAGUCAUUAUCGCAACGGUUUCAAGAAUUAUCCCCAUUAUUUGGAACAGUUCCCGAAUAUACUACAGAAUAUAAAUCAAAGGAGUAUCAACCUUUGGAGACACUAACACCGACAAAUAUCCCACAGACACCUGCAGUAAACGACCCAUCAAAUAAAGCUACAAGUGGAAACACAGCUACAUCAAACACUACUGCCACCAAUACUAAUAAUAUUACAUCUACAGGUGCACCAGCCACUACCACUACAACAACAGCUACAAAGAAGGGACGUGGCUCUGCAGCAAGUCUGAAGAGCCCUCCUACCGCAGCAAAUACUCCCACAACAGGUACAGCUACUCCCGCUACAACAUCUACAAACGCAUCAACUACUACCGCUAAGAAGCCUCGUAAACCAAGACAAAAGAAAUCUGUAUCAAGUGCUAAAAAUACACCUGCUGCCACACAUGCGACAACAACUAAUACAAAUAGUGUUGUGGCCACACCACUAUCUGCAACUACGAUGAAUCCAACAUUAUCUGUACCACCACAACUGAUGACCGGCAUGAUUCCAGGUAAUAUUGUAGGGAUGUCCCCAACUAACACGAUGAUGAAUAUGGCUCCACAAAUGCAACCACAAAUGCAAUUUAACAGUAAUAACAUGAACAACAGACAGACUGGUAAUACCCCGGGUCCACAAGGCCAACUAAGCCCUCAAAACAAUACUAUCACACCUGCAAACAUCUUGAGUAUGGGCAGUAAUAACAAUAUCACCAACAAUAGCAACCUUGUUAGCAACAACAGCAACAACAACAACAAUAACAAUAACAACCAGGGCCCAAAUGCUAUGAACGAUUUCGGAAACCUGGACCUCAACAACAUUGAUCUCUCCAGCCUCAACAUGGACUUCCUGUAA